UUUAAAUUCCCCUGAUGGACAAUGGUUCUCUUAUGGAAUGAAACUCCCUCAAAACUUGGCAGAAAUUGAUCAUUAUUUAUUCUCCAGAUUGAGACGUAAAUGGCUAGCUUUAGAAGGAAAGAAAAUACAAACAACAGUAAAAGUGGAUACUGACAAAAUUAAAGGAUUUGAAAUUCCUAUAGAAGCAAACCUUAUUUGGCCUAAAUUAUUUAGUAAUCCAACUGUCCAUUUUCCAUUAACUGCAGUUGGCAAUUUUAGUAUUGUUAAUUUGACAAUAUCAAAUCCAACAACGUCACCAAUAAUAAUACAAAUACUUCCUUUGGUUAUUUAUCCUGAUUCUGAUAGUUUGCUUGAUAUUUUAAGCGAUGAAUUGUCAAUACCACCACUAAUUAAUCCAAUAGAACUGAAUGAAACAUUAAUGUUUUCUUUGCGUGAUACAGAAUUGUUUACUCUUAGGCCUGGAAGUCCGACUCCAAAGCUUCGUGAAGAAGUUGAAAAAAUUAUUGAAGGCCCAGUUCCUCGAUUUACUUUAACUAUGCUGCUUCGCCCUGGAAUGAGUGCCCGUGUUCGUAUUGGCUUUCUACCUUCAGAUUAUUCACUUCGUUCUUCUAUGAUGAUUAUAAGAAACAAUCUUACUGUUAUAGAACCCAUUAUUCUCUAUGGACGUGGCGCGCGAAUAAACAUGGCUAUUGACGAUAAAUCUGCAAAUUCACAACCUUUACUUUUUGAACUUGAACCUAAACAUUUGGAUGAUUGUGCAAAUCCUCGUCGUCAAUUGCAUAGAAUGCCUACAACAUUAACUGUUAGACGUUCCUUUGCUGUUUAUAAUAAUGGAGAAGUAGGAUUCAGUGUUGUGAAUAUUUCAAUAAGUGGCGCUCCUUGUGAAAAUCGCGGUUUUCGUGUUUUGAAUUGUGACAAGUUUAGGUAAUUUUUAUAAUUAAACAAACAAACAUAAAAACAUGUUUUUUAAUUAUUCAAGGUUGGAACCGAAUGAAACAUCUUAUUUAGAUAUUUCGUAAGUUUGGUAAAAACAUUUUUUGUUUUUGUGUGUUUUUAAAUUCAAUGUUUUUCUCAUUAUGUUUUUCUUGAAUGUUUUUCUGUUUUUGUUUCUAUUUUGUGAUGUUUAUAUUCUAGUUUUAUUGUUUUGUUUGGUUUUAAUGUUUAUUACGAACAUUUAUGUUUUGGAUGUUUUGUUUGGUUUUAAUGUUUGUUACGAACAUUUAUGUUUUGGAUGUUUUGUUUGUUUUUAAUGUUUGUUACGAACAUUUAUGUUUUGGAUGUUUUGUUUGGUUUUAAUGUUUGUUGCAAUAAUUGUUUUUCACGUUGUUUAAUGUUUUGCUGUUUUUUUGUCAAAACAUGAUGUUUGUUUCAUAUUCUGGUGUUUGUUUUUUCUUAAUUCUGGUUUUGAUUUUGUAUAAAUUCUGAAAUGUUUUCUUCUUGUUGUGAAUGUUUUUGUUGAUAGUCUGAUUUGUUUUCCUUCUUUUUAAUGUCUUCAGUGUUUUGUUUAUUGUUUUGAUGUUUUGUU